GUCUCCCCGGCGUCCCACUCUCCGCGAGGUCCCCGCGCGCUCGGGUCGGGACAGGCAGCCCGCGAUGGCGCGUCGGUCCUGGCUGCUGUGCCGCCUGUCCCUCGCCCUCCCGCUGAUAGUCACCGCAGAGGGCCAUUUUAUGACCCAGGGUAAAAGCAAAGAAACCAUCAGCAGAGCAAAUGUCUUCCAAGAAAAACUAAGCAACUUGGUGGAAAUAAAAUUUAAGAUGAAUGUAAGGACAUUGGUUUGCAGAACGAGACUCUUGAAGUAGACCAGCCUUUUGCUUUUAAUUGCACAUACCCUCUGGUAACAUUUAGGGAAGUGAAUAUAACAUGGUACAAAAAUUCUAGCAAAAUCCCAAUAUCCAAAAACAUGCAGUCUAGAAUGCACCAGGAGAAGACCUGGAUUUUGUUUCUUCCCCUGACAAGGGAGGACUCGGGGAUCUACCGAUGUGUUAUUAAGAAUAUAAACAGCUGCCACAGAAUACAUGUAAACUUAACGGUUAUAAAAAAAUAUCCAUGCGGUGUUUCCAGAAGCAGUCUACUGAAUUUAUCAAAUGAGUAUCAACAAAUAUUAUAUCUUAGAAAGGAUUACAGUCUUAUAUGUUUUCUGAACUUCCCGGAGAGUUAUGUUUUGGAUUCAAUAAAGUGGUUUAAGGACUGUAAAGAGAUUAAAGGAGAGCGGUUUAUUACUUGGGAGACAAAGCUUUUGGUAAUCAAUGCCUCAGAAGAGGACAGAGGGAACUAUGCAUGUGAAGCAAGACUGAAUCACACGGUGAGACAGAUCACCAUUUCGAAUAGCAUCAGUGUGAAUACCACAGAAAGAUACGAAUAUGGAGGAAAAGUCCCUAAAAUCACUUACCCGAAAAACAAUUCCAUUCAAGUCCGACUUGGUUCCACCCUUAUCGUGGACUGCAAUAUAACAGACAGCAAAGAGAAUACAAACCCGCGAUCCUGGAAGGUCAAUAACACUUUGGUGGAGGAUUACUAUAGUGAAUCCAAACGAGUCAGAGAAGGAGUUGAAAAAUGGAUAUCUUCUCAGCAAUAUAAGUUUUACACGGUAAAUAUAACCUUCUUAGAAGUGAAAAAGGAAGAUUAUGGCCAUCCUUUUGUGUGCCACGCUGGAGUAUCUGCGGCGUACAUUAUUCUAGAACCCCCAGCUCCAGAUUUUCAAGCUUACUUUAUAGGAGGAUUCCUUGCUUUGGCAGGUGUGGCCGUGUCUGUUAUACUCAUCUACAACAUUUUCAAGAUUGACAUUGUGCUUUGGUACAGAAGCGCCUUCCCUUCUGCUGGGACUGUCCAAGACAGGAAGGUGUAUGAUGCUUAUGUCUUGUAUCCUAAGCUUCCGAGAGAAAGCCGGAGCCAUGACAUGGACAUGCUGGUGUUGAAGAUCCUGCCGGAUGUGCUGGAGAGGCAGUGUGGAUAUAAGUUAUUUAUACUGGGGAGGGAUGACUUUCCUGGACAAGCUGUGGCCAAUGUCAUUGAUGAAAACAUUAAACUGUGUAGGAGGUUGAUAAUGAUUGUGGGACCUGAAUCACUGGGCUUUGGCCUAUUAAAGAACAUGUCAGAAGAACAAAUCGCUUUAUCCAAUGCACUCAUCCAGGAUGGAAUGAAGGUCAUUUUGAUUGAACUGGAGAAAAUUGAGGAUUAUACAGACAUGCCCGAGUCAAUCAAGUAUAUCAAACAGAAGCAUGGAACCAUCCAGUGGAGUGGGAACGUCACAGAGGAAUCACAGUCUGCAAAGACCAAGUUCUGGAAGAAAGUGAGAUAUCACAUGCCACCCAAAACGUAUCCACCCUCUUCCCCAGCACAGCUGCUUCAGCACACAUCCUGUGAUGACACCACGGACAAGCAGGAGGUCAGCAUGGGAUUCGUCACCCAGUGACAUGCAGUUUGCUCUCGCGUGGUGGCUUCGAGUUGGACAAAGAUUCAUUCCAUUUGGACCAUCUGCUGCUGAAGCUUGCUGUUGUAUACUUAUGAGAAGCCUGUUUUCGGUUGGUUGUUUCUUUUUGUUCUUUUCAAUUAGGUCUACUUCUUUAGAGAAAUGAUGUUUAGAAUUUAGGUUAAACUCUGUCCUCCAAAAAGAUAAGUUCGAGUCCUAACUCCCAGUACCUGUGGAUGUGACCCUACUUGGAAAUAGGGUAUUUGCAGGUGUAUUCAAGUUAAGGGGAGGUCAUUCUGAAUUAGGGUGGAGCCUAAUUCCAUUUGACUUUGUCCUUCUAAGAAGUAGAGGAAAAACAUAGAAAGAAGACAACCAUGUGAUUGGAAUAACGCACCUACAAGCCAAGGAAUGCCCAGGAUUGCUGGCCAACCACAGAAGCUAGAUAAAGGAAGGAAGGCUCCUCUUCUGCAGGUUUUAGAUGGACCAUGGCCAACACCCUGGUUUCUGACUCCUGGCCUCCAGAACUGUGAGACAAUAAAUUUCUGUUGCUUUAAACCACCUGCUUGUGGUUCUUCGUUACAGCAGCCCUAGGAAACCAAGACAACUCUCCUUGUUAACUUAGGCACUCGCAACACUCACCAACAGUGUUAUUGAAUAAGGGAGUAGAACUUAACCUUUGACUUAAUGAGCAAGGGCCCUUGGGAAUGGGACAUGGAAGGUUGUAGACAUGGCAGUUCAGAUGUCAGAAAAGUUUGGAGCAGAGUAUGGUGCCCAUGAGGCCUGAGAUGGAAGCCAGGGCCAUCGGGGGCAGCUGGAGGCUGUCAGUGGGCUUGGAGAGGGCUCAGAAUUUUAGUGGUGUUUUAACAACUCCCUAGCCUGGAACUUUCCAACAGGUAUGGCACACAUGAGAUGCAGUCUUUUGAGAUAUUUAUUCCUGAGAUAUUGAUUCGUGGUGU